UUAGCAUUCGUCGUGAUGUAUACUGGCAAUAAAUUUUCAAAAUAAUGACCAAAAGUCAACUCUCAUUCAGGCUGCGACAAAAUGCCCCUCAGCCGAUGCGAAAGGAGUCCAAGGAAAAGGGGCACAAGAAGCCUUUGAAGCCCCAAAUCAGUCCCCCUGUCCCAGAGAGUAAUAGUAAUAACACAGGACUCAUCUUUCCAGCUGGAGAUACUGCUUUUAAGACGUUUUUAUCAGCUAGAUUUUGUGCAGCUAUAUGGUCUCACAUAUCAGACUGUGAUGAAACAUUCAACUUUUGGGAACCUAUGCAUUAUCUCAUAUUUGGUAAAGGACUACAGACAUGGGAAUACAGUCCAGAAUUUGCCCUAAGAUCAUACUUUUAUUUGAUGGUGCAUGCAGGUCCAGCAUGGAUUUACCAAAAAUUACUUCAACCAAACCCUCUACUGAUGUUCUAUUUCAUCAGGUGUCUUUUGGGGCUCAUAAGUGCCAUAGCUGAGGUAUAUUUCUAUAAAGCAGUGUGUAGAGAAUUUGGAGUACAUAUUGGUAGGAUAUGUUUUGUUUUCCAGCUGUUUUCAGCAGGAAUGUUCAUUGCAAGUACAGCCAUGUUACCAUCAAGUUUUGCUAUGUAUACUACUGCUGCUGCUUGUGCUGCUUGGUGGCAGCAAAGAUUUGCCUUGGCAAUAUUUUUUACAGCACUUGGGUCUCUUCUGGGAUGGCCAUUUGCUGCACUACUAGGUGUUCCUAUAGCAUUUGACAUGUUGGUACGUAGGAGAAAGUACCUGGAUUUUGCAGCCUGGUCAGCUUUGUGUGCUGUGGUUAUCUUGGUACCUAUGGUCACCAUUGAUUCUAUGAUCUUUGGACGUUUUGUAGUAGCACCUCUGAAUAUCAUCAAGUACAAUGUACUUGGUGGUGCUGGUCCCAGUUUAUAUGGUACUGAACCUUUCACAUAUUAUUUAUUGAAUGGUUUUGUCAAUUUCAAUUUUGUUUGGGUUUUGGCACUAUUGAGUCCCAUAGCAAUAACUCUCAACCACUUUUUUGUGCCUGCUAUGAACAAAUGCACUUAUUACCUGCCCUAUUGGCUGUCCUUGAGCCCCAUGUACUUAUGGCUUGUAGUUUUCAUGUUGCAAGAGCACAAAGAAGAGAGGUUUCUGUAUCCCAUUUAUCCAUUGAUUUGUCUUAGUGGUGCUAUCAGUGUGGAUAUCAUUCAAAAGCUGUGCUUCAGGUUAUGGAAUAUUGUAAAAAAAAUGCCACAAGGGACUCACUAUUUGGACAAGACAAUGUUUGUGAUGAUUUUGACAAUAAUCAUCACAUCUUGGUUAGGGGUGUCGAGGGUAUUUUCUCUUUACCGUAACUACCACGCCCCCUUGGAUCUCAUGAUGGAACUGAACCGCUAUCCCACGGAAGUAAACAUACCCGACAGAGCGCAAGUCAACGUUUGCUUUGGCAAAGACUGGCACAGGUAUCCGAGCUCGUUCUUCUUGCCCAACCAGAACUGGAACGUUCGUUUCAUCAAAUCGGAGUUCGACGGGAUGUUGCCGGCGCCCUACACGGGCGGUGAGAAUGCCACGACGAUCGUUCACGAGCAUUUCAACGACCAAAAUCGAGAGGUGCCUAACCUAUACCUGGACAUUGGAAAGUGCCAUUUUUUGUUGGAUUCGAACUUUGGAAAAGAUACUCCUCUGGAGCCCAUUUACGAAAACAGAAAAGAAUGGCGGGUGAUCAAGAGCUAUCCAUUUUUGGACGCAGAAAAAUCCAAUAGGUAUCUCAGGGUUUUUUUCAUACCGUUUUUGACUGAUAAAUACGUCGUAUAUGGUAAUUUUAGUCUGUUACAGUCGACGAAAUUGAAGAUUAAGUGAAUGUUGAAUGGUUUUUGUAGUUUUUUGUACAUUCCAGUGAAAGUGUGACCGAUAUAGUUAGUUGAUUUUUUUGAAUGCAGGCAGGAUAUAAUUUUUUCACGUACAAUUUCUGAACAGGGUACUUUUCUAGAUAUUGGAAAACUGUCAUUUUAUAAAAUUUCGCGACAAUUUAUUGUUUUUUAUUUUUAUUCGUGGGGCAAUAUCUACAAAAUAGCACAUUUACGAAAAACGUACCAUGGUUUUGCCAAAAAUAGAUUUUUUGUUAGUUUUUCAAAGUUUUUGUAUAAUUUUGUUACCAAUAAAUGUUGUCUUAUG